AUGGACGCUGCCUCGGAUGCACCACCGCAACCCGGGAGCUUGCAGCCCGGUUCAGGGUUGACCCCAAGCUCCCCAUUUCUAGACGAAUUCCUCAAGCUUAAGCGGCCAGACGACCAACCAGAUGCCGCAGCCCGCAGGAAAGCUGUGGCGUCUCUCGUCGAUGCCCUGACACCGUGGGAACGUUGGCAUCUCCGCACACGGAUGAACGCGCUGUCCAUCGGCCUAGCCCGCCUCCCCGACCUCCCCGCCGAAGUCAUCGCCAUGAUCGGCUCGCAUCUCCACUUCAGCGACAUGGCGUCGUGCCGCGCCGUCUCCAAGGCGUGGAGCUGCGCCUGGACACAGGACGAAGUCGCCAGAGACCUUCUGCGCCAUUUCUACCCCGGUCUGCUGGAGACGGCCUCGGCUGCCGUGCCGCGGCGCCCCGCGUUGCGAGUCUUCGACGAGGCCACUCGCAGGAGUCGCCGCCGUCAAGCCUGCCGCUUCACUGCGUGUCUGGCGGAGAACACGGCGGAGCUGUUGCGGUUUGAAGUGACGGAAGGCCCGCCGGCGCUGUCGCCAGAUCCAGCCGUCCACCCGGGACGGGAGUUUCCGGUCAUGCAUCCCCCAGCACAAGAUGUGAACGAAUUUGGCUUCUCUGGGCGUCCCAGGGAAUGGCCUAACCAGUAUUGCCACGGGCGAUACCUGUGGCAGCUGGACGACUGCUGCUUCUACCUCGACAACUUUGACACGGGGUACCGGCGGCUUGUGUCCUGGACGGAAGGGCGUCUGCGAGGCAUUGCAAUGUGCAACAUUGCAUUGACCUCCCAUCUCAUCGUUUUGACAAACGAACGGAGAAACUUACUGUAA